AUGUCGAGUCCAGCGCGCGCGUCGCCCGAUGGGACGGCGAAGAAACCGGACACCUUGGGCCUUGUGAAAGAUUCCUAUACACUGAAAGGCUAUGGAUCUGUCCCGGGUGUGAUGGACGAGGGGACCCGAGUCGUCGAUCCCAAGGCUGAACGUCGUCUCUGUCGGAAGUUUGACUUUCGCCUGCUCCCUAUUCUAGCGGUGAUGUACAAGGGAAAUCUUGGAAAUGCCGAAACUGAUGGAAUGAGUAAGGACUUGAACUUCAAGCCAAAUGAGUAUAAUCUCCUGUUAUCGAUAUUUUUCAUUCCAUUUGUGAUCUUUGCACCGCCAUUCUCGAUGCUUGGAAAGAAAUUCAGUCCAGCGCGCGUACUUCCAGUUCUGAUGUUCUCAUUUGGUUCUUUAACGAUGCUCUCCUCCGCCGCCUACAAUUUUAGUGGUCUGUUCGCCUUGCGCUGGUUCCUGGGCAUGUCCGAGGCUGCAUUCUUCCCGCUGGUCAUCUACUACUUGACCACAUUCUACCGUCGUGGCGAGCUGGCUCGUCGCCUGGCUGUUUUCUACGCUGCGUCGAACAUUGCAAACGCCUUCUCUGGACUCAUUGCGUUUGGAGUGUUCCAGAUCGAGGGGUCUCCGAUCCCCAAUUGGCGCUACCUCUUCAUUAUUGAGGGCGGCGUCACUGUUAUCUUGGCCACAUUUGCGUUCUUUUAUCUUCCACGGAGCGCGGCCGAGGCGAAGUUCUUAACCGAGGAGGAGAAGGCGCUAGCUUUUCACCGAAUUCAGGUCGACUCCAGUGCAGUGGUCAACGAGAAGUUCAGCUUCCGCGAGGCCCUAGGCAUCUUCAAACAUCCCACGACAUACGCCUUCUUGUGCAUUGAAAUCUGUCUCGGCGUGCCUUUACAGGGUGUGGCGCUCUUCAUGCCGCAGAUCGUCGGAGGGCUGGGUUUUCCCACCGUCAAAACCAACCUAUACACCGUGGCACCAAAUGUGACAGGAGCAGUGAUGCUGUUGCUACUCGCAUUCUCUUCAGAUUGGACCAGACUCCGAUCGCCAUUCAUUGUUCUGGGUUUCCUGCUUACGUUCUCCGGGUUCAUGAUCUAUGCAUCCAUCGACAAUGUCCAGACUGACAUCCAGGUCGCGUACUUUGCGACUUUCAUGAUGACUUGGGGAACAUCCGCGCCAUCCGUGAUGCUUAGUACCUGGUAUAACAACAAUAUUGCCCAUGAGGGUCGCCGUGUACUGUUGACUAGUAUCGGCGUGCCAUUGGCCAACUUGAUGGGCUUGGUGAGCAGCAACUUGUUCCGGAAGCAAGAUGCACCCAAGUAUUACCCUGCGCUGAUCAGCGUUGCUGCAUUUGGUGCUACUGGCGCUUGUCUGACGGCUUCCCUGGCACUCUACAUGUGGCUGGACAACAAACGACGCGACCGUAGUGAUGGAGUCACCAUUCGGGCACGGGACAUUCCAACGGAGCGAAUGAGAGAUGGGCCGGCGUCUGCUGAUUUCCGAUGGUUUUUGUAG